UCCUGCCCGUUGCUGCUGCUUACACUGAUGGUUUGUGCGAAUCCCGUCGCCAGUUUCUCAUCUAACGGUUUGAAGCACGUUCCUCUCACGGAACAAGAAUUGAACUCGACGGAAAGAGACAAUUCUUUGCAAACUGUUCAGAACUCAUUUAAAAACAAACACAUCAAAAUUGGAGAGCGUUCGUUGCCAGAGAAACAUGGAAUCGUCGCCGAAAAACAAAUUGGCGAUAAGCAAGUUUCCUCGAAGUUAGUCGCAUUUCCUCAGUGGAAUAACAUGUUCCUAUACAACCACUUACUUCCUCGUGCGUUUAUGCGACCUUUACGAUAUCCUUCGCGAAACUUUGCAUUUGUAUCUUCUAGUUUCCGAACCAAUCAUUCGCCAUACGCGAAAAGAGAUGACAUUUUAACAGACGGGAUAAAGGUCACCCCAGUAAACGGUAUUUACGGUUUGAAUAAAACUAACAACUCAACAUGGAACGAAAACAAACCAAAUGGCGAAUCUUAUACCAAAUCGGAAAUGGAUUCAACUGGACCGAAAAUCCGCAAGCGUCCAGCAGGCGAUGAUGAAAAUUGCAUGAGAUCCACGGCUGAAAGGCUUAUGAAGUUCCAGGAACACAUUUCCACUAAUGAGGGUCAGCUACUACUCACGUGCACAGGGCAAGUGACGGUGAAACAGUGCAAGGGUCUGUGUAACUCCAUGGUAAAGCCAGAUGUUACGGCCUAUGACGGCUUUGAAAGGUCGUGCAAAUGCUGCAAAGAUUCUCGGCGUCUGUCAAGGGCGGUAACUCUGACGCUGUGUGAUAUUGCCUCCAACGAGGUGUUCGGAUACUCUCUGACUCGUCAGAUUGUCGAACCAGUUGAGUGCGCAUGCUCAGAAUGUAGCCGCCACUGACCAAAUAAAUGGAGAAAUGGAACUGCUUAAUUAUUACUUUUGUGUCUUUUCAUUUGACUAAUAUCAUGGCGUUGAUACUAAGGCUGUAAAAUAGUGUUGACGUGGCUAUUUUACUACUUUUACUAUUUUAUAUAUUUUGCAUGGAAAAUAUUGUUUAAAAUUAGCGAUGUAAAGACGAAACUAUAAACUUUUACAAUAUUUCAUGCGAACUGUUUUUGUAUUGGUGUAUUACAUUAUUUUGUAUUUGUAAUUUGGAGACAAGAGUAUAUGGCACAGUAUGUACGCAAAGAGAAAAGAAGAAUCGUAACUGUGGCAAAAGUAACUAAAUAUAUGUUUAUAGAAUAGUAAAUGAACGUUUCUUACUUUGAUGAAGGAACAGUAACUUGUAAACUUGACUUGUAUCCUUUACUCUAUACCACACAGACCGCGUUAGCCGUUAGAUUAGUAGAUAUUAUUUCCAUUAAUAAUUUAUAAAAUAUCCUUUGUAGCUAGUUUAUUUAUAUAUGUGGCAUUGACCAAUUCAUCUAUGGUUUUUCCGGACCGGCUGAUUGAGGACGACUCAGUCCCCCGUU